GGAGCGGGGCGCCCGGUGCAGCUGGCGGGGGGCGCCGGCCGCCGCCAUAAAGUGAAUGGGCCGGGUGAAUGGGCGGCAGUCGGCCGGCGCCCUCCGCCCUCCCCGUGAGCCGCAGGCUGGUAGCGUGGCGCAGCGUGCCAGGGAGUCGCGGGGAUUUACUUUCUGACAGCUGCGGAGCGGCCCGGGUAGCGGGACAGGGGCAGCGGCGUCACCCCGUUCGCAGGAUUAAGGCCGCCGAGCCGAGCCCGCAUCUGGAGCUGCUGUUCCUCCUUUGCCACCUCCUAUUCCUGCCCCAUGGAUUUCAACCUGCUGGCAGAUGCAGAGGCUCGCAGCCCAGCCCUGUCCCUCUCAGAUUCUGGCACCCCCCAGCACGAGCACAGCUGCAAGGGGCAGGACCACAGUGAUACCGAGAAGUCCCAGCAGAACCAGACAGACGACUCCAACCCUGAGGACGGCUCACUCAAGAAGAAGCAGCGGAGGCAGAGGACUCACUUCACCAGCCAGCAGCUCCAGGAGCUGGAAGCCACGUUCCAGAGGAACCGCUAUCCUGACAUGAGCACCAGGGAGGAGAUUGCGGUCUGGACCAACCUGACGGAGGCACGAGUGCGGGUCUGGUUCAAAAACCGCAGGGCUAAGUGGAGGAAACGGGAGAGGAACCAGCAGGCCGAGCUCUGCAAGAACAGCUUUGGAGCCCAGUUCAACGGACUGAUGCAGCCCUAUGAUGACAUGUAUUCUAGCUAUUCCUACAACAACUGGGCCACCAAAGGGCUCACCACCAGCCCACUCUCAGCCAAGAGCUUCCCAUUCUUCAACUCCAUGAACGUCAGCCCCCUCUCCUCCCAGCCCAUGUUCUCCCCACCCAGCUCCAUCGCCUCGAUGACCAUGCCUUCGUCCAUGGUCCCUUCUGCAGUGACUGGCGUCCCGGCCUCCAGCCUCAACAACCUGGGAAACAUCAACAACCUGAACAGCCCAAGCCUCAACUCCGCCGUCUCAUCCAGCACCUGUCCUUACGCCUCCACAGCCAGCCCCUACAUGUACAGGGACACGUGCAACUCCAGCCUGGCAAGUCUGAGGCUGAAGGCCAAGCAGCACGCCAACUUCACUUACCCGGCGGUGCAGACGGCAGCUUCCAACCUGAGCCCUUGCCAAUAUGCCGUGGACAGGCCUGUAUGAAGUGCUGCUCUCUGCUGACUGGGGACUUGACCUUAGCCUGACACAAGGAGACCUUUAGCCCUACAACAGCGUACAUCCUGCAGAGUGAGAGUGGAAGUGAGAGAGAGUAAAAGAGCAUGAGAGAGCGAGAGCUCACAGCAGCAGGCAGAUGGACCUCUACGAAGAUUUGUCUAACUAUCGUAUGGUGAAUUUUGACUGUCUUUCCCCUCCCAGUCUCCCUCCCUUCCUGGCCACCAAAUACUUACCCUCCCUGUUGGUAAGGAAACCAAAACAGUCUGCUGGAAGCCCCAUGGGGAAGCAGGAGCCCCAGCAGGCAGCAUGCCUAGCUUGUGGGAAGCUGAGCUCAGCAUAUUUUGGCCUGGCCCAUCUAAACCCCCUUCCCCAGCACAGCUGGGUGCCACCACAGUGAGCUGCAGGGACGGGGUGACAUGAGGCUGCUCUCCAGUGCUUGGCCAACCCCAUCCUUCUCCCCCCACAAACACAAAGGUUGGUGCAGAAUAUCUCACCCAUCUGCUUAUUAGGCAGCCAGUCAUUGUCUUGGCUGAUUGGCAUCCUAUGAGAGCACAUCUGUAGGCAUGGCCUUUCAGAUUUGAAGCCUUGAGGAACUGAGAGUCAUAAGGAUAUAAGAUAUGUGCAUGCAUAUAUACCUAUAUAUAUAUAUACAUACACAUAUAUAGACCUAUAUGUUAAAAUACACCAUUUUGUACAGGAAGUAACCUGUGAUGUAGACCUUAAAAACAAAAACCCCAUAAAGCAAGCAUGUCUACCAAGAUGGUGUGCUGCCUGCCAUGCUUCACUGCUCCACUCAUGUCCAGUCAGACAGGAAUACCUUCACCAGUAUACAUCCAAAGCAUCCCCUUCUGCAACAAUCAGCUCCCCCCUUGCACAUCUCCAUCCCUUCCUCAAAUCCCAUUUCAAAAAAAGGAAAUAAAAUAAAAGUUGGCACAGUCUC